AUAUCAUGUUGGAUCUGUUAAUGAUUUGCUGUUUACAGUGUUAACUCUGCUCUGAAGCGGCUUUCUCUUCCUGUGGUUCCGACCCGUCUGUAGCGGCUCACAACGUUCUGGAUCAGCAGUUCCUGAAGGAUUCCUGAGGAUUUUUCCCAACUUUUCCUCGGACUUCAGCUGCGUUUAGGUGCUCUGGUCCUGUCAGCAGGAACAGCUUCGACCUGAGGCUCUAAGGUCAACCAGCAUCCAAUCAGAGCGCAGGCUGAUGGAGGGGGCGGGAUCUGAACCAUGACAAACUGGUUCUGGUGAACAUUUUCGUUUCUGGAUCCAACAGAACCGGUUCAGAAUCAUGUGGAGCCGCCGAGCAGCAGAGAGUUUCACCAGAAUGAGUCCAGAAGGUUUCUGAUCCGUUUGUUCUGACAGGAAGAAGAAAAUGUUCUGGAUCCUCCUGCACGCCGUCUCUGUGCUCAGUGUCCCUGCUGGUCCCUGCGGUCCAGAUGUUGGUUCUGAACGGUUCUACGGAGGCCUGGACCCGAUCCAACCUCAGCCUGCCCACCGCUAACACAACACGGGGAGAUGAGCUGACGGAUCAGUACCAGCUCAACAGAACCACAACCACCGCUCCGCAGACAGGAAACCUGACCCUGAACGUGACCUUUGACCCCAGAACCUCCACAAAGCAAACCUCCACAAAGCCAACGCCUCAGGUCAAAGAACCGUUUUGGACCAGAAUCCUGCUGGGUUCUCUGAUGGUUCUGGUUCUGAUGGCUUCUGGAGGCGUUUGCUGGUAUUUUAGGCACAACUUCAGGAGAGAUUACACCAAAAGCAUCGAGGCGGACUCCGGUCAGCCGUUCGUCCUGCUGCCCUGCACGACCAACGUUCGCCUGCCGAGCGACGCCAGGGUGGAAUGGACGGAUCGCCACGGCAACAAGGUCCACGUCUACCAGAACCACGACAGCGUCCCCGAGAUACAGAUCCAGUUCUACAGAACCAGGACGAAGAUGAGCGUCGACCCGCUGCAGACGGGAGACCUGAGCCUGACCCUGAGGAUCCCCACAGCCGCCGACACGGACACCUACACCUGCCGCGUCUACAGCCACAGGAAACGCGUCCUGAUGAAGAGACGGGUUCAGCUGCAGGUCAAAGUCCAACAGGUGGAGGUGGAUUCAGGUGCAGACAAAGUCCUGCUACCCUUCCACACCUCAGCCAAGCUGUUCAAGUCUUGUAAAGUUGAGUGGAAGGACAGUGAAAACCAGAUGGUACACGUGUUUCAGGACGGUUCUGACCGUCUGGAGAACCAGGACCGGUUCUACAGAAACCGAACCGAGAUGAACAAAGACUGGACACAAACUGGAGACCUCACUUUGACUCUGAAACACCUCACCUACGAAGACAGCAACAUCUACACCUGCAGCAUCUUCAGCCAGGAGGGAAACAUCCUCUACAAGAAGCAAGUUCAGCUCAAGGUCGAAGACUGUCAGGUGGAGGUGGAGGAAGGGGCGGAGUCAGUCCAGCUGCCGUUCAAAGUGGCACCUGAUCUCCUUAAAGGCGCCAGAAUAGUGUGGUGGCGCUACGACCCGAAACCGGUGGUGAUUGUUCAUGUUUAUAGAUUCCUUUCUGAUCAGCUGCAAGAGCAGGACCAUCACUACAGAACCAGAACCAAGAUGAAUGAAGACCUGCUGCAAACGGGAGACAUCAGCCUGACCCUGAGCCGACCCGCAGCCGGCGCCGCAGAGAGCUACAGGUGUGGCGUCUGGAGGAAAACCAAACUGGUGGCGUGGACCACGGUUCUGCUCAAAUACAAAGGAGGAGAGCAGGUUCAGGAUGAAGAUCCUGGAAACAGGGACAGAAGCGACUCCAUCGACAUGACGCCGCUCAUGUCUGCUGAGUCCAACGACUCAUUAUUUGACGCUCUGACGUGAAACUGUGAUGUCACUUCCUCUUUCAGAGUCUUUUAGCACAUUUAACUCUUCAAUUUUCAGUUCAAGAACAGUUGACAAAACAAAAGCACUUUCUAAAAUCCACCAGGAAUUGAACCAACAACCUUCUUGCUUGAGAUUGGUUGGCAUCAUCACUCCACCAUGAAAUCUUUUACUCUUCAGAUGUUUCUUGUAGCAAAUUUAUCUGUUUUUAUUCAACAUCUCUGAACCUGCUUCUGUCAUCUUUACUUUCCACGUGUAACUCGGUAAAAUCAGCCUUUAAUUAGGCCGUUUCCUCUAAAUGGAUCACCGUUAUGUUUAAUUUGACAGUCAUCAGAAUCACAUUCAGCUGGUAACAAGUUUCUACUUCCAAACUACUUCCUGUUUCAUCCUUUUUGUUCUUUCUGCACUUUAAGGCUCACGACACAAAUAUGUUUAAGAUCUGAACCCAGUGAGUCUGGAGCCAUGACGUUUGUCAUGAACUGAACUGUAAAUUAAAUUGGUGAGUUGUGAAUAAAAUGUUUGUUUAUGCUAAUUGGUUAGCUGGCAGUUGUUAACUUUUUUACCUUCUAUGUUGAGUUUAACUUGGUAAAUUAAAUGCAUGCUGUGUAAUAUUAAUACGACACUUAAACUUGAUAAAAAUUGAGUUACUGGUUUAAAAAUGUCUGGUUAACUAGCAGGAUGAUAUUUUACUAGUCCUGUUUGUUUUAAUGCAGUGGAAACUGACCAUUUAAUGGGGAAAUUUGUGACUGUCUUUCAGCAUCUUAAGGAAACCUUGUGCACAUUAAUAUUGAAAGUUCACUUCAGUAUUGUGUAUAUAUUUCUGUUUAGUUUUUUAUGAUGUUCACUUACUUAUUUUUAGAAAUACAUGGUACUGAAAACAAUCA